AUGGCCACCCCGGGAGGAGGAGGCCAGUUCGUCGUGCGCCGCCACCGCGCGGCCCCACCGCCGAAGACGCCGUCGACGCCGAAGUUGGUACUAGCCGCGUUUCAAAGCCCGGCGACCAUUGAUUUUGGAGAGCAGCAUCCCGAUAAAGAGGCCGUCAAGACGUUAGUGUUGAGCUGCCCCGCCGACGCGAAGCGGAGCGCGACGGUAGAAGUCGUCCGGACGCCCACAAACAUCACCGCGCGCUUCGAGGGCGGCGCCCAAUCGAUAACGAUCGAGCGGGGCGACGUGGCGGCCUGCGCGCUGACGUGGCGGCCGGAGCGGCCCGGCGGCUUGAGAGGUGCUGUUGCGUUUAGAUUAGAUGGAAAAAGGCGCCUCAGCGCGACGGUGCUCGGUAGAUGUGUCGAACCGCCGCCGCCGCCGCCGAAGAAGGCGACGCCCCGGCCGGCGGGCCAGGUACGACGGGGCGUCGAGCGGCGGUUGGAUGAUCGCGCGCGAGCUGUUCGCGGCCCGUGUGGAAAUCAACCAGUGAGUUAGGUUAUCAUUGCGGGGACCUUGCGAACCUCCACGUCAUCGAGCCGACGUGGUCACGGGGACGGGAUCGCGUCGAUGGCGUACGUGGGGCGCUGAAAUUUGAUUCCCACACAGGUGGCAGCAAGGCGCGCCUCGGACGCCGUGCGCGAGACGACGGUCCCCGACGACGCUUCUCUCAGAGCGUGGCUCGACGAGUUAUUAGUUGGUGCUUCAUCGAACAAAUCAACAGCACCAAACGCGGAGUUCGCGACAGCGCAAAAGAGCGAGCGGCGCCGGCGCUGCGCGGCCGUCUGGCGGAGCGAGAGUUUAGUGGAGGCGCGCAAGAACGUGGUCGAGGAGGUCGCGGCGAACCGCUUGGUGUUGAGACCGGAGCUCGACGUUCGGUGCGACCAGGUCCUGCGGGCGCACGUGCUCGGGCUCUUCGCGUCGAUCGAAGCACCGUGGCUGAAGGCGGCGCUGGACGCCGCUCUGCCAUUACGGGGCGACGGGUCCCUCAAAGCCCAGCUCGCGGACCAUUUGUUCGGCGACGCGGAGACGGCGUUUGCGAGAGACGAAGAUAACCGCGGCAAAAACGGGAAAGACGGAGGCGUGUACGGAAAACAGCUCGGCGAGGAGCUACGCAAGAGGUGCGUGGCGCACGUCUUCGCGUUACUCCACUUCCUCGACGCGGCGCGCCUGUCCGACGCGCUCCCGCAGCACUCUCGAUUAUUCUCCGCGUCUCGUAAAGUGGUCAUCGAGGCCGACCAAGGGCCUUCCCAAGUGACCUCCACCCAGCAACUGGCGAGAGCUUUUGGUAGGGACUGCCUCGCGGGCGAGGGCGACAUCCUACCUCAUCUAGAGAGACUGGGCAUCGACCUGAAAUUCAUACAAACACCGCUGCACGACUACGACUGGCGCGUGCGGGAUUUUGGAAGGGACUUGCGGGAUGGGGUACGCUUAGCAAGGGCGGUGGACGUCGCCGCGCACAAUGAUAAACUGGAGAGCGACGUCUGUGCCAAGUUGAGAGUGCCGGCGGCUUCAAGAUUACCGAAGCUCCACAACGUAUCUGCUGUAAUAGAGGCGCUGCAGGCGCUGGGCGCCAUCCCGGACCAGUCGCGCGCGGCCUUGGGGGACUGGGCGCGCGCCGUCGUGGACGGACGGCCCUUGCUGCGGACGCGGGAUUUGGUCGCGGCGCUGGCGGCGCGGUUCUCGGGCGCGGCGCGGACUGUGGACGCGGGACGACUACGGAGGGAGGUCGGCCGCCUCGGAGGUGCCCAAGCGUGGGCCGGCGACUCUACAAAAGCUUCGCGCGCCCAGGACGCGGCGGACGCGAUUACUAUAGAUGAAACUGGGACCGACGAGAGCCGCGCGCGGACGUCCUUAACGCAGUGGGCCGCGGCCGUCGCCGCCGGCUGCCACUGUCAAGGUUUGGAUGCGGAUGGACGGUGCGCGCCGGGCUUCGUGCGGGCGGCCGUCCAGCUGUACCACCCUGCUUUAUCGUGCGACACGGAUGAAGCGGCCGUCUCAAUGCUAGGUGGCGUCUCCCUGGACGUCUACGCGGCGUGCCUCGACCCCUCUUCUUCACCGCCGGAGCGCGUCGCCUGGGCCUUCGCCGCGCGGCUGGCUCACAGAUUACUGGCGUCGCGCGACGCGCUGCAGGCCGCGACGAAGCUGGGGGCCUUCGCGCGGGCGACGUCGGCGCGCAAGAAGCGGCCCGCGCCGCCCCAAAAGCGCGCGGCGUCGCCGACCGUCUUAGUGUUCGCGAACACGCCGCCGGCGCCACGCCAGCGCAAAGUUUUAGCGCCGCGGAAUGAAGUGGUGGCGCCGAAGGCCGCGGCACAAAAGCCGGCGGUCGCGUUCGACGUGACGCCCGGCGCUAUUCCGCCCCCGAAGCCGCCAGCCACAGUACGCUUCGCCGCGGCGACGCCGGCGCCGCGGCGCUCCACAUUUGCCGCGGUGCCGACGCCCGCGCCGGUGCGGCCGACGCCGGCGGCCUUCCUCACGCCGGCGCCGCGCUUCGCGGAGCGGGCGCAGUUGCCGCCGGCGACGGCCGCCGCACGCGAGAAGGGCCUGCGCCGCGCCGCGGCGGCGGCGACGUGCAUGGCGGCGGCGUGGCGCCGCGCGGCCACACGAUUAACGUUGUGGCGCCGCGCGGCGGCGGUCCACGUCCAGUGCUACUGGCGCCUGUCUAGAUUGAGGCGGUCCUCGGCGCGGCGGCGCUCUUCUGGAGACGGGUCCGUCGCGCGACUCCUGGCGGCGAAGCUGCGCGCCACGAAGACGACGUCCGUCUUACUACGGUCGCUCGGGACGCUCUUCCUCCAGCGGUGCGGCUCCGGCGCGGGCCGGCUCGGCCGGGAGCGGCGCGCGGCGCGCACGGUCCAGGCGCUGGGCCGCGGCGGGUUGGGACGCGCGGCGGCGCGCGAGCGGCGCGGGGCCGCGCUGGCGCUGCAGUGCCUCGUGCGGCGGGCCUUCGCGUUCAAGGUCGCGCGGUCGCCGCGGCGGGACCGGCGCGCACGCCUGACGUUCGCCCGCGGGGCCGUGGCCGUGCUGGCCCACGAGAAGGCCGUGCGCGACGAGUGGCAGCGGCACACCGUCGCGCGCGUCGGAAGAUUGCGGGCCUACGUCGGCGCGCGGACGAUUCAAGGAUUAGCCCGGCGCGUUGCAGCGAAAUCAGAGGUCGCGCGGCGGCGGGUCCAGGCGUGGAAUGACUUGGUCCAGGCCGAGGACGACGAGCGGCGCGAGGCGAUCGCGGCGGCGGAGGCUCGGCGAGAAGCCGCAGAGAGCGCGGCGGCGCUCGCCGAGGCGCGCGCCGCCGAGGUCCGCGCCGAGGCCGAGGCGCAGGCGCUCGCCGCCGAGGAGAAGGCGCGGGCCCGCGCGGCUGAGAUCGAGGAGAAGUGCCGAGCCGCUGCUGAAGAGAAGCGGAAGGAACGGGAGGCGCGCAUCGAGGCCGCGGCGCUUGCCGCGACGGAGCGGCUCGCGGCCCUCAGAGUGGAGGAGGAGAACGCCAGAGAAGCCGCCGAGGCCGAGUUCGAGGCGCGCCGCGCGGCCGAAGAACAGGCGGCGGAGCAGGCCGCGGCGCAGAGGCUCCAGGACCUGAAGGACGCGGAGGAGGCGGCGGCUCAGCGCGUUGCCGAGGCUGAAGAGGAGGCUAGAGAACGCGUCGCGGCCGAAGCUGAAAAGGUACGCCUCGAAGACGAGCGCCGGCGCGCGGAGGCUGCCGCGGAGUUACGGGCGACCGAAGCCGCCGCGACCGCGCGCAUCGAAGAAUUGCGCGCUGCCGAGCAAGCAGCCCGUGAUAGGGACACCGAACUAGCGUCGGCGCGAGCCGCCCAGGAGCAGCGGGCGCGCGAGGAGGCCACUGAGAAGCUGCGGCGCGCCGAGGCCGCCGCGGCCGCCCGGCUCGAGGAGCUCAGAGAAGCAGAAGCGGCGGCGCAAGAGCGCGCGGCGUCGGCGGCGGCGCAACGGAAGUCCGAGGAGCAAGCCGAGUCUCAGCGGCGCGCUGCCGAGCUCCAAGCUGCCGAAGAAGCCGCCCAGAAACGUCUCGACGCGUUGGAGAAAGCUGAGGCCGAGGCGCGCCUACGUAUCGAGCAGGAGGGUGCGAAACGAGCAGCAGAGGCCCUAGAAGCGCGCGAUGAGGCUCGCGCCGAGCGCCUGCGCGCCGACGAGGCGGCGGCCGAGCGGCUCGCGGAACUCAUCGCGGCCGAGGAGGGCGCGCGCGAGCGCAUCGAAAAAGAAGCUGAACGGUGCCUGGGCGAGGAGGCAGCUGCGCGCGACGAGGCCGCCGCGGAGAUCCGGGCCGCUUCCGAAGAUGCCGCGGCGCGGCUCGAGAAGUUACGCAAGGCCGAGGCAGCUUCAGAUGAUGCGGCGACGGAGAAACUCAGGCAGGCCGAGGCCGCCGCGGCCGCACGGAUCGAGGAGUUAAAAGAAGCUGAAGCUGCGGCGCGCGAGCGCGCCGCGGCUCACGCGGCGCAACGGGCGGCUGACGAGGAGGCCGAGUCUCAGCGCCGCGCGGCCGAGUUACGGGCCGCGGAAGAGGCAUCCCAGAAGCGACUCGAGGCUUUGGAGAGAGCCGAGGAGGCGGCACGCUUGCGCAUCGAGGAGGAAGGUGCAAAUCGCGCUGCGGAGCUCGAGGCGCUGCGGGCGGAGGCCGCGCGCGAACAAGCGGCGGCCGCUGAGGCCCUGGCGACGCGCCAGCGCGAAGCCUUGCGAGAACAAGCGGCGGCCGCGGAAGCGCGCGAACGACACGCCGCGGCGCGCGAGAAGGCCGCUUCUCAGGCGACGUGCCCCCAGGCGGAGGUCGUCGAGGUUGCCGUGUCGCGCGCGGCGGCGGCGCCGACGCAGCCGGCGCCCAAGAAGCGGGCCGAUGUCGAGGCCCGCGCCAAGGCAACGGCCGAGGCCGUCGCCAGAGCGCAGCGCGCGGCGGCCGAGGCGACGGCGGCGCGCGAGCGCGUGGCCGCGGAGACUGCCGCGCGCGAGCAGGAGGCGGCGCGCGUCGCGGCCGAGCGGCGCCGCGCGGAGGAAGCUGCGCGCGUCGAGGCGCAAGCACGCGAAAGGCGCGCCCGCGUCGACGCGGCCAAGGAGGCGCGGCGCCGAGCCGACAGUGCUGCCCGCGCCGCGGCCGAGGCGCGAGCGCGCGCGGCGCGGUCGGCGGCCGAAGCGGAAACAAGGAGAUUGCGGAGUGCCGAGCAGAAAUUAGCUGAGAGUUCGCAAGCGUCGGAGGCGCGCCGCGCGGCCCGGCGUGAGGAAGCCAGGUUGACUGCGCGGCUCCAGACAUCUCGUAGUGCGAUCGUCGCCGAGGAGGCAAUGGCGGCCGCCCGAUUAGCCGCGCGGCGCGCGUCCGACGCCGCACAGCGCGGUGCCGAUGCGAUGCGCGAGACCCAAGCGCUGGAGUCUAUUUCCUCGGCGCAAGCCGAAGCGAAGAGAAUUGCGGACGCCGAGGAGGCGCGGUUGAUGGAGGAGCUUGAUAGAAAGAGAUCUGAGGCCGAGGCCGAGGCGCAACGCAUGAAGCUCGAAGUCGCUCGAAAGCGUGCUGAGGCCGAAGCGGAAGCACGACGCGUUCAGGCGGAGCUCGAUGCGACAAAGCGAGCGGCCGAUGAGGAAAAGGCGCAGCUAGAAGCCAAACUCGCGGAAGCGCGCCGAGCCGCUGACACCGAAUCACAACGCUUGGUCGACUCGCGCCGCGAGAGCGCCCGGGCUAGGGCGGCGGAGGCGCGCGCCGCGGCUGACGCACUCGAGGCCGAGGGCCGAGCGAAGCGCCGCGCCGAGCAGGCCGCGGCGGCUGAGCGCGCGGCAUCAGAGAAGCGCGCGCUCGCGGAACGCCGGGCGGAGGAGGAGCAGGCCGCCGCGGAACGACGCGCCGCCGACGCGCGCCGGCGGGCGGAGGCUCAAGCCGCCGCGGAGAAGCGAGCGCUCGAAGCCCGGAAAGCCCAGCGCCGCGCCGCCGAAGCCGAGGAGGAGCGCCGCGCCGCCGAGGAACGCGAGCGCCGGGCCGCCGAGGAACGCGCUGUCGAAGCACGAUUAGCCGCCGAGCGCCGGGUCGCCGAGCGCAAGGCCCAAGAAGAAUCCGACAGAAAGGCCGCCGCGGCAGCAGCGCAGAAGCUUGCGACGCGCCGCGCUCGCGAGGCCGCUCGCGGCGCCGAGGUCGUCGAGGUGGCCGUGGCGCGCAAAGCUAGCGUGCCUACGCAACCGGCUCCCAAGAGGCGAUCGCCUAUGAAGAAGUCGCCGCCGAAACGCCGCCAGUCGCUGGGCCGCGACCGCGACCUGCCACCGCCGUCGCCGCCGCCCGCCACGCGGAAGAGUGCGAAGAAGUCGCCACCGAAGCGCCGCCAGUCGCUGGGCCGCGACCUCCCGCCGCCGCCGCCGCCGCCGCCGGCACGCUCGGACCGCUCGCCGCUGUCGCCCUCGAACCGGCGGCGCUCGAAGAAGACGCCUCAGAAGGUGACGACGGCGACCCAGAUGACGCCGCAACCUCCUGUCGCGCAGCGCUCCAUCUCCUUCGAAAGUCCGCUGCCGACGGCCGACGCGCCGAGCGUGCGCCCGACGCCGCGGGCCUACCCGCCGCCGACGCCCGACUCGCGCGUUCACAAGGAGGCCAUGCGGCGCCGGAGAUUAUCGGCAGCGACGCCGCCGCAGCGGACACGCAAGGUCUUCGACGCCUUUGACUUGACCGAAGAAUCAGCCGCUAGAAUGAUUCAGAGUAGAUGGAGGUGUCAUGAUGCAUGCUGGCAGUUCUUCCUCGGGUUGGGCGCCGCCGUCGAAAUCCAGCGGAGAUUUCGAGGAAUAUUGGCGCGGUCGCCGUCGCGGUCGCCGGUGCGGCGCGGCGCGUCGCUGUCGCCGCUCCGGAUCGCGCGCACCGUGUCUGCACCAGCUGCUGUCCAACAAAGCACGGUCGUCGUCGCCGUCGUGUUCCCGAACGAGGGCGUCCUCAUCACGUGCCAGGCGCUGGUGCGGGGCCGCCGCGUGCGCGCGGCGUCCUACCGCCGGUCGCCGCCGCUCUGGUCCGUGCGCAAGCGCGCCGACGCUGCUGCGAAGAAAGCGACUCCGUCUGCCACUCUGGGUGCGCGCUGCCGCAAGGCCUUGGCGCUCGUCGAAUCCGGGGCACGACUGGAGGACGUGCGCGGCGCCUGCGCCGCGUUGGAAUCUUCCACCCGGCUCUCGCCGUCGUGCUGUGAGGCGUUGGCGGCUUCUGAUGGUGCCAUAGCGGCCCUUCUUAAAUUGGCACGCGCGUGCAACAGAUCUCGACCGCACGUCGACCUCCUGACGCUUAUGCUACGAACUUUAGCGAACGUUUCUGAAAGGUCGCCGACUUUGGCGUGCCGCGUCGCCGAGACGGAGCCCUGCGUCGACGUAUUAUUAGAUCUGGUCCAAGUGUUCCGCGACCGGCCGGUGCCGUUUGGAAUCGCCACCGGCCUGCUGACAACUUUGGCCGCGGCCGACAUCGGAGCCAGGAACGCGUGUGCGUCUCCUGCGGCCACCAAGCGAUUGGCGUCUGUGGCAGCUCUGCUCAAGCUCCGCGACCAUCACGCUCAGGGCGCAGCGCUGGCGGCUUUCCGCCGGACGCUCGCGACCGCGUGAACCACACCUUACGAUUAAGUUACCCUCUCCUUGA